AUGCACAGACAGAAUGUACUUCAGACCAUUGGAAAGUUUAUUGACAAUAAUGAUAUUGUUUCAGUCCACCUCGGCGCGUCGGGCUGCGCGAGCGCCUUGCCCGUUCAUAAAUACUAUCUAAUAUGGAAAUGGCCAGUCAUUCCGCGACAGGUGCGCGCCCGCGGCAUUCGUGCACGUGUGCUGUUAGUGAGUGCGCCGGCGCUGCCACCGCACCACCGCCUCAUCACCGACGAUGAAAGGAUUUUCAACGUAAAGGAAAUGUUGCAAGAAUUUUGGAUUUCGAACAGCUCUAGAAUUUGGAUACGGGUAAAAGGAUUGGACUAUUUCACUAAUAUUUUGGUAAGUUCCAUCUUAAAAUUAACAAUAACGCUAAAAUUGUAUUAACUAUCACCAAUCACAUCG